AUCAUGCCGCCAGUGGCGGCCCUGACUGCCGAGGAAACGGUAGUUUAGGACAGUUGGCUAUUAAGUGACACUAAUUCUCCCCGCUCCGCCUGACCCCUGAGACACAGGGACGUCCCCCGCCGUGUGAGGGGGUGGUGAAGUGGGGAGAGAAUUCGGAUCCACCUGGGAGGGGGGAGUGGAAGUUCCCGCCCCGGACAGCGGCGAGCUGCAGCCACAGUUGAUUAUGGAAGAUUCCCACAAGAGUAACACUGCAGAGGCAGCGCCGCAGCCUGGUUCAGCGGUUCAGGGAACUCAUAUUUCUCAUAUUGCUCAACAGAUGGCAUUAAGAGGAUCUGCGCCAGUGACAGUUAUACCUCUUCCUGGAGAGCAAGGACAGGUUCAGGGGGUCAUCCAGACAGCUCAGUCUUCUGUAAUUCACCCACCACACGUGCAAACGGUACAAAAAUUCAAAGACUUAGUGAAAUUAUUUUCUGGAGUUCAUUCUGUUUUUCAGGUAUCAUCUUUAUCAGAGAGUGAGGAGUCUCAGGACUCAUCAGACAGUAUAGGCUCCUCACAGAAAGCUCACGGGAUCCUAGCACGGCGCCCGUCUUACAGAAAAAUUUUGAAAGAUCUAUCUUCUGAAGAUACACGGGGCAGAAAAGGAGACGGAGAAAACCCUGGAGUUUCUGCUGUCACUUCUAUGUCUGUUCCAACUCCCAUCUAUCAAACUAGCAGUGGACAGUACAUUGCCAUUGCCCCAAAUGGAGCCUUACAACUGGCCAGUCCAGGCACAGAUGGAGUACAGGGACUUCAGACGUUAACCAUGACAAAUUCAGGCAGUACUCAGCAAGGUACAACAAUUCUCCAGUAUGCACAGACCUCUGAUGGACAGCAGAUACUUGUGCCCAGCAACCAGGUAGUUGUACAAACUGCGACGGGAGAUAUGCAGACAUACCAGAUCCGAACCACGCCUUCAGCCACUUCGCUGCCGCAGACUGUGGUGAUGACGUCUCCUGUGACUCUUACGUCUCAGACAACCAAGACGGAUGACCCCCAGCUGAAAAGAGAAAUAAGGUUGAUGAAAAACAGAGAAGCUGCUCGAGAAUGUCGCAGAAAGAAGAAAGAAUAUGUGAAAUGCCUGGAAAAUCGAGUCGCAGUCUUGGAAAAUCAAAACAAAACUCUAAUAGAAGAAUUAAAAACUUUGAAGGAUCUUUAUUCCCAUAAAAGUGUUUGAUUAAGAAAGAAAAUAUUUUUGCAGACUUGCCUAAAAAUUAGAUGGAUUUUUCUUUUUAGUGGAGUUUAUAAAUUAAAAGGUCAAAAAUGAAGCUUUUUAUUUAGGCUUUUGCAACUCAAAGAUAAGUAUCUUAUGCAAGAGAUGUGGUGACGGAAGAUAAAAUGGAAAAUGACCUCAAGGAAGUUACUGGCACAACUGGAAACUCUAAAAAUUAAACCUACUCAACAAGCAGGAAAUGAACUUUCACCAGUUUGAAUUUUCUAAAUACCAAGAAUUCAGAAAUGGCAGAUAAGAUGAAAUCUGGUAAACUGAUUUUUAAAAUAAAUCAGUUUACCCUGUAGGUUUGCCUUUCUUAUUGUUUCUUAAAUUUCUUUUCAAUUGUGUGUGCGUGUGUGUAUCUGUUUUAUUUCUGCCAAUAAAUUCUAAAUUACAAAUAGAAAAGCUAAUACAUAACUAAAUAUAUAAAUUAUGUGUUCUGAUUAUGUAUACUUGUUCUAUUGUCAAAUCUUUUAAAUGGGUUUUUUAAAGUUUGUUUUUUGAACUUGAGAGGGGUUUUGAGACUUGCUUGGGUGAACUAUUUUUGAGGCUUUGUCCUAAAAAGCAUCUAAGAUACAUGAAUGGAGUGUGGUGAUUUUGUAACAUUUUUUUUAUCAGAUUGGAAAGUGAACUUCUGUUUAAAAGUUUGAUACUUUUAAAUAGCUUGUUUUUUUGGUUACUCUGGGAAUGGAGAUUUUCUACAAAUAUAUAAUAAAUUGUUUUUUGAUUCUGUAUUCUGUAUGCAGUUGAAUAUACAUUACUUAUUCUGUUGUGCUUUAAUAGAAUGGAAUGUUUACAGGCCCUUAAGAUGAUAUUAGAGUAUUUUUAAAAAACCUUCUGAAGAUGCAUACCAAAGUUUUCCAAGAGGAUUUUAUAACCAAUUUAAUGUAAGGUUUAUCAGAUUCUAAAAUAGUAUGGUUAUUAAGGCAAUUUUAUGUUAGAGUCUAUUUUGUAAUGUAGUGAAUGGUACAUUUCUAAGAAAAGUGACUGCCAAUAUAUUUUUAUAGCUGAUCUUUAUAAAUUCUAAAGUUGAGUUUUUAAUGAUUAUUUUAAAUGUUUAUAUAGUUUGUUUAGUAAAAAAAAUAUAUAUAUUUUGCAUCUCAAAGUAUCAUUUUUAUAUAAUGAAAAGUUUCCAGAUUGGCUAAUAUUUGAAUUGCAAGUUUUAUAUGCAGUUUUAUCCAAAGCUCAAGAAUGCCCUUCAGUACACCAGUGUUUAACCUCUGUACUCCAGUCUGUAUACACUUUUGAAAUUGUACUGCAAAACUAUUGUGCGCUUCUUAUACAAUAUGUAUCAUAUUGUUGUCUGUGAAAUUAAAGGAUAUUUGAUAAAAUUAAGUUUGCUGAAUGUAAAAUACAUUGCUUGAUAUGUGAACAACAAGCUUCCUGAUAGCCAUUCUGUUAAUUAUACUAACUAUAGUACCUUUCUAGUUUUAAAAUGAGAAUAAAUUUAAAAUUCUG